AUGAUCCUGAGGAAUAGAUGCCUGCUACUGACUCGUAGAGGCCUGUCCACUUCAAACGAUAGAGGUUUGUUGCGAUUCAGUCGAACGAACAAUAAAUCCUACCUCAAGGUACGCGGACCAGAUUCACCAAAGUUCCUAAAUGGAUUGCUCACUUCCAAAGUAAUACCGUUCUUUGUGAAGAAGAAUCUUACGACUAUAAACCCUGACGAAGAAGAACUCACCAAUACUGUAUUUGAGUUCGAUGAGACCCAGACCAAUUGGGGCGUUUACAAUGAGAUGAGUUACAAUGGAGCAUAUAUUUCGAGAUUUGGCCAAUAUGCAGGUAUUCUGAACAGUAAGGGCAAAUUGAUUACCGAUACUAUUCUUUAUCCCGCGCCUCUAUCCAGCGCCGAUGCCAAGGUGAUGAGAUACCCAACAUAUUUAUUGGAAUUCGAUGCGUCUAUUGUGGAUUAUAUCCAGGACCUAUUCAAUAUCCAUAAGCUCACUAGCAAAGUCAAGAUCAAAAAGGCGAACGACCUAAUCUCAUGGGAUCUGAGCUUACAAUUACCGCCAGAGCCCACAAAUCCGUGGGUGACAAAUCUGCUAGAUCCCAGCACCACGACAAAAACGCCUGAAGAUGCACUUGCAUUUGCCCAAGAAUUAGUAUCAGCAUUUUUCCAAGGAAGCGAGGAUCAGAUUAUAGCAUUGUACAUUGAGAGGCGAACAGAUGAGAUCCUCGAGACCAAUGGUAAGGCACCCCAAAUGCUUAGAGUUGUUACAACUUCGGACACUCAGAACGUAUCAAAGAUCUUCAACCCCGUCGGACUACCCUAUCCCUGCUCAAUUGAAGAAGUAGAUCAAUCUUUCUUCAGAGAAUCAAGAUUCGAAGCAGGUUUUGUCGAUAGCACUUCCGAUUUCAAACCCGAAAGCCUUCUACCACUGGAACUAAACUUCGACUACUUACCAAAUGCAGUGAGUGCUGACAAAGGUUGCUACAUGGGUCAAGAAUUGACUGCGAGAACUUUAGCCACUGGUAUCCUCCGGAAGCGGUUAGUACCGGUAACUCUCACGAACACAGACGCCCUAACUUCAAACGCGAAAUACCAUGAUAUCAUGCUAGAUUCACAGCUCACUACAACUACAACAACCACAACAAGUUCAAGUUCACCCUUCGGUGUUGCACCAAGUAAGCCGCGUCAGAGACCCGCAGGGUCUCUGAUAGCGCAUCAAGGAAACUUGGGCGUCGCAAUAUUAAGAACUGAACAUUUCAAGCUGGCCUUCGACCAGCCACAAGACAAGGUUUUAUUCCACAUAGCGGGAACUCCAGUAGGUGUAAUACCAAAGAAACCAUUCUGGCUCGAAGAGCAGUAA